AUGAGCCAAAGUUCAACACAUAACGAUUCUGAAGGGUCAACAGUGCACAAUUCUGACCAUGAGAAUAAAGGAGACAACGAUAAUAACAAUGAACGAUGGUCGUCGGCCUUUAUAACAUAUCCUUUUGUGAAUGCCGAGCCUGUCAAUAGACAACUGGCGUCGUCUUGGAGACAUAGUAACGUAGAUCGGGAAAAUGCCGAAACUGACGAUGCCAACCCAUCAUUCCCACAACCUUAUCCGCCAUCUUCACACGAGCAACCCAAUUCUGCUUACCACAUGGACACAUUUCGAGCUGAUACGCAAAGCUCUGGAAUCGGAAAUUCUGUAACAGAUUUGCAGUAUGAAAAAUGGCCACCGCCUCCAGUGUACGGUGGCAUAGAAAGUGGAAGUGGAAGCGGCAGUGGAACAGAGACCGUAAGAAAGCCUGCAAUUGUUGGAAGCACGACAAAAGUCAGACCAAGUGAUCCGCCAGAUGACACUGUUAUUGACAUUGGAGAUGAGGGGAUCGUUUACAGGGGACUUCAUAGUUUGCAGACGGACAGCCAGAUCCGUAUGGCUUUUGUACGAAAGGUAUACUUUCUCCUUGCUGCACAAUUGGCUGUGACAGUUGGAAUAUCUCUAUGGUUUAUGAAUCACACAGUAGUCCAUAAUUUUUUUAUGGAUAUUCUAUGUAUCUUGGGCACUUUCUUUGAUCGUGCUCCUAUUUUUGAUUUGGAAGAGAAAGAGCUUCCCAUUGAAUAUCAUUUUGUUGGCUCUAUUCACGCUAGCACUAUCGUAUGGAGUAGGAACAAUAGUGGAAAAGUUGUGUUGCAAGCAUUCUUAAUCACACUCGGUGUCUUUGCUGCUCUUGUGUUAUUCACGCUUCAGUCAAAGAUCGACUUUUCUUCAUGGGGCCCAUAUUUGUAUGCCGGCCUUUGGGUGGUAAUACUCGCUGGCAUUGUUGGCUGGUUAUUUCCAUUUAAUAGAGGAUUUGAUAUUGCCAUUGCCGGAUUCUCAGCCCUGCUAUUUUGUGGCUAUAUAAUUUAUGACACGUAUGAGAUAUUCAACAGACUGAGUCCAGAAGAAUACAUCUUGGGUACAAUUGACUUGUAUUUGGAUAUAGUAAAUCUUUUUAUUGCCAUCUUGACACUUUUAGGUGGUGAUUCAGGUUGA